AUGAGAUAGGUAAUCUCCAUUCACGUUGGUCAAGGAGGUAUUCAAGUCGGUAACGCCUGCUGGGAGCUGUUCUGCCUGGAGCACGGUAUCCAGCCUGACGGUCAGAUGCCCUCCGACAAGACUAUCGGUGGCGGUGACGAUGCCUUCAAUACUUUCUUCUCCGAAACCGGAGCCGGCAAGCACGUCCCCCGUUGCGUCUUCCUCGAUCUCGAGCCCACCGUCAUCGAUGAGGUCAGAACCGGAACCUACAGACAGCUCUUCCACCCCGAGCAGCUCAUCUCCGGAAAGGAGGAUGCCGCCAACAACUUCGCCAGAGGACACUACACCAUCGGAAAGGAAAUCGUCGAUCUCUGCCUCGACAGGAUUAGAAAGUUGGCUGACAACUGCACUGGUCUCCAGGGCUUCCUCAUGUUCCACUCCGUCGGAGGUGGAACUGGAUCCGGCCUCGGCUCCCUCCUCUUGGAGAGACUCUCCGUUGACUACGGAAAGAAGUCCAAGCUCGGCUUCACCAUCUACCCCUCUCCUCAAGUCUCCACUGCCGUCGUUGAGCCUUACAACUCCAUCCUCUCCACCCACUCCCUCCUCGAGCACACUGACGUCGCUGUCAUGCUCGACAACGAAGCCAUCUACGAUAUCUGCAGGAGAAACCUUGACAUUGAGAGACCCACCUACACCAACCUCAACAGACUCAUUUCCCAAGUCAUUUCCUCUUUGACUGCUUCAUUGAGGUUCGACGGUGCCCUCAACGUGGACGUCACUGAGUUCCAGACCAACUUGGUCCCCUAUCCCAGAAUCCACUUCAUGUUGUCUUCUUAUUCCCCCAUCAUCUCCGCCGAGAAGGCCUACCACGAGCAACUCUCAGUCGCCGAAAUCACCAACAGCUGCUUCGAGCCCGCCAACAUGAUGGCCAAGUGCGACCCCAGGCACGGCAAGUAUAUGGCCUGCUCCAUGAUGUACAGAGGUGAUGUUGUCCCCAAGGACGUCAACGCCGCCAUCGCCACCAUCAAGACCAAGAGGACCAUCCAGUUCGUCGACUGGUGCCCCACCGGUUUCAAGGUCGGAAUCAACUACCAGCCUCCCACAGUCGUCCCCGGAGGUGAUCUCGCCAAGGUCAUGAGAGCCUGCUGCAUGAUCUCCAACACCACCGCCAUCGCCGAGGUCUUCAGCAGACUCGACCACAAGUUCGAUCUCAUGUACGCCAAGAGAGCCUUCGUCCACUGGUACGUCGGUGAGGGUAUGGAGGAAGGAGAGUUCUCAGAAGCCAGAGAGGACUUGGCUGCCCUCGAGAAGGACUACGAGGAGGUCGGCAUUGAGACCGCCGAGGGAGAGGGAGAGGAAGAGGGAUGA